CUGUGCUCGAUAGCAAUCCAUACGCCACUGAAUCUUCCUCUGAUGCAGGAGCACUGACAUUUAAGAAGUUCCGGCUUGGCUGCAAGCUUAUGAGGGCCGAUCCCGCCCGUCACUCGCGCUCCGUGGAGGCAUUGGCCAUUGAGACUUCCCGCUAUGGAGUCCAUCUAUGGAGCUCCCCAGCAGGCCAUCUUCCUUUCAACAUGGCAAGCCGCGGGAAACGAGCCCAUUUCUACCCUCAAUGGUGGGCAUAUGCAGAGGCAACUAUGGCGCUAUAGAACUCAGCAGCUCUCGGCUCUGAUAGCCGGGGGCAAUCUGCAUGUAGUCGUGCUCUUGGCGUCGUUGAUCAUGGGCGUCAUGUCUGUCGUACUCCGUUAUGUUGCAGAUUUCCGCAGAUCGAAGCAUCGGCUGCAUCCGGAACCUGCGAAUGGCGGUGGCGGGUCUGAGAUUCUGCUCCCGCUGCCCUAUGCGGUGGCGCAUCUGGUCGCGUGUAUCGUGGCUUGUGUUUUGGGCUGCGUUGAGCUGCAGUAUGGGAGUGGCUGGCAACGAGCGCUUCUGCUGAGUUAUUUGGUCGUGCUGGGGUUGGUUCGACUGGGGUGGAAGAAUAGGGACAGCCGGGUCCAGCUGUAUGUCCAUAUGAAUGCGAUCGCACUCGGAGCCUUGAUUCUGGGGUUUCUGCAGGAUGUGGUCCCCAUGGUUAUUGUGGGCGCGACGUAUCGUCCAAGAGCGACCGCGGCGGCCUUGUUGGGUUGUUUGGCCGCUGUGGUGGUGAUUGCACUGGCUACUCCUCGACCGCGUCGGUCUUCUUUCAUACCCGACUCGGAGACUGGAGAGCAGCUGUGGAUUGACGAUGAGACGUCUCCAGAGGAAACGUGCUCUCUCUUCUCGUACUACUGCUCUUACGAGUGGAUCACCUAUGUGAUCCUGCGUGGAUGUCGGAAGGAUCUGACGAUGGAUGAUUUACCGCCAUUGCCGUCGUACGACGAGCCAUCGAAAUGGCUGAAGAAGAUCAAGAGGCAACGUCUCAAAGGCGGGAAGACGUUCCGAACGCUGUGCAGGUUGCUCAGGACCGAAAUCAAGACGAUGAUGUGCUGGUCGGCGACGACGGCGGUGGUGGAGUUCGUCGCCCCGUAUGCCAUGUUGCGAUUGCUGGCUUAUUUUGAGGAAGAAGAAUCGGCCGUCGUGCAUCCUGCGUUUUGGAUCUGCCUUUUGUUCGUCGGACCCAUGUUGCGAUCGCUCUGCUACCAGCAGUAUAUCUUUACAGCUACUCGGCUGCUUGUCCGUGUCAAUGUCUCGUUGGUCCAGGAGAUAUAUCAAACUGCUAUGAGAUCGUAUAUUUACGACGACUCUGUGGAUGUUUCGAAUGCCGACAAGAAUGCGAAGUCAUCGCGGAAGCCGGGAGAUACGUCGAAGGGGGCGUCGAAGUCGAGCCAGGCUAACUUGACUACCUUGAUGUCGUACGACGUCGACGCUAUUUACAACUCUCGGGAUAUCUUCCACGUCUCUGCAGCUGCUCCGAUCUCCAUCACGAUUGCGCUUGUUUUUCUUUAUCGGAUUAUCGGGUGGCCGUCAUUGCUUGGAGUGCUGACGCUGCUGCUAUUGACUCCCCUGCCUGCAUUGGCAUCUCGCCAAGUGUCGAAGAUCCAACGCUCGGUCAUGCAGGCUACUGAUGUUCGUCUGUUUAAAAUAUCCGAGUAUCUCAAUUCCAUACGGACAUUGAAGUAUUUUGGAUGGGAGCAUGCGGCUAUGGACUCAAUUAACGGUGUCCGAGGCGUCGAGCAGCGUCGCCUUUGGAGGCGGAGUGUUUUCGCUGCGACCAUCUCAAUGGCUGGAGAUCUCUUGCCGAUGAUGAGUUUGCUGGUGAUGUUUUCAACCGUCGUCCUGUUCACCGACCUUCCUCUGCGAGCUCCGGUUGCGUUCACGUCGCUGUCAAUUAUGGAGACUUUGCGUUCUCAGUUCGUCUGGUUGUCAAAUGUCAGCCGAUACACUGCACAGGGAGCAGAGUCUUUACGACGCGUGGACCGAUUCUUCGACACCGCAGGCGAGAUUAAGCGGCACCGCGAUGGGCCACUCGAACUCAACCAGGCGACCUUCAAGCGAACGCCUAUUGCUGCGUUCAGGCUAAAGGAUAUAUCGAUUCACUUCAGGCCCCGGGCACUAAAUGUCGUGACGGGGCCUACCGGAAGUGGCAAGACCUCGCUGCUUCUCUCGUUGCUGGGCGAAACUGUUUUGGAGUCCGGCACUGCAUCCUGUCCACGCGAUGUUGCUUAUGUGCCUCAAGCCCCCUGGCUGCAGAAUGAUACAGUUCGUCAGAAUAUUCUAUUCUACAGCCCAUUUGACGAGUACCGUUAUAAUCUUGUUGUCGAGGCGAGUGGUCUGAUCCAGGAUCUUCGUCAACUCCCAGAUGGGGAUCUAACCGUGGUCGGUGAGCGAGGAACGUCGCUUUCAGGAGGCCAGAAACAGCGCGUGUCUCUUGCGCGAGCUUUGUACUCCCACUCAAGCACGCUUCUCCUGGACGACAUAUUCUCUGCCCUUGAUACGCAUACGACUACGCUUGUAUAUGACAAGUGUUUCCGCUCCGGCUUGCUCUCAGACCGGACCGUGGUGCUUGUCACACGCUAUCCAGCUGCUCUUCAAGACGCUCAAUUGACCGUGCGCUUGGAGCAUGGGAAGGUGGUUUCUGUCAAGUCCGCUACGAGUGUCCUGCCGUCUGCGCUGCCGACGCCAUGCAGCACUCCUGGGCCGGGUACAGGCACAUCGACGCCGCUCAAUGAGCCACAGAGGGUGGAAACCGAAGAUAUUCCGUCAGAGCCUAUGUCCAACAUUGCACCAGUAGUUAUUCAAGAUCCUCAACCCGUAACGAAGGGUAGGCGCUUGACCAAGGAAACGGCUGCGACUGGGCGGGUUCCCCGCACGAUGUUCUUCCAGUACAUGAGGUUAUUCGGUGUGCCACUCUACGCGCCACUCGCGAUCCUCGUCACUAUCACGGUGCAGCUGGCGUAUUUUGGCAUCACAUAUUGGCUUUCUAUUUGGACCGGCACUUAUGAAGAAGACGAACACCCGAACUCCAUGUUCUACCUGGCGGUAUACGCCAUCGCGAUCAUUGUGUUUCUCCUGUUGCAGCUAACUAAUAAUCUGGUAUAUCAGUAUGGCAGCUGGGUUGCUGCUAAGAAAAUGCAUCAGAGACUAGUGACAGCAGUCCUGUCUGCGCCGAUCUCCUGGUUCGAUGAGAAUCCGAUCGGACGUGCAAUAAACCGCUUUGGAAACGACACGAGAUCAAUGGACACGGUACUUAUCGACUGGCUGCGGAUGUCCAUAGAAAACGGGCUACGCUUUCUGCUGCGAAUCGCGAGCGUUGCAUCCAUCAUGCCUAUCUUCGCUCUGCCGGCCGCCGUGAUCUGUACUGCUGGCUUCGUGAUCGGGGAGAUGUACACCCGUGCUCAAGUCUCCAUCAAGCGUCUCGUUUCGAUCAACUAUUCUCCUGUGUUCUCCCACUUCACCGACUCUCUUGCCGGCUUGAGUGUGAUCCGCGCUAGACAUGGUAUGGACGAGGUCUUUCAGCGAUUGUUGGCCGAAAGAUUGGCCGUUCAUGCUCGCUCCGCCGAAACGCAGUACAAUUGCAAUCGCUGGGUCUCGGUUCGCUCCGACUUCUGCGCCGCCUCUGUGGCCGCUGCAGCCGGAUGUGUGGCCUACUUCUGGUCGGGAUCUGCAGGGCUGGUGGGAUUCUCGUUAACCAAUGCCAUUGGUCUCAGCCAAACCAUCUUGACUCUAGUACGAUCCAUGAACGAGCUAGAGGUCGAACUCAACUCGUUCCAGCGCAUGGGCGAGUACGCCAAAAUCGAACCCGAAGAGCCUCUCACAGACAAGCAAGCCCUCGCUCAUGCCGUCCCCGCCAGUUGGCCGGUCUCUGGACGGGUGGAAUUCCACAACGUCUCAGCUCGCUAUCACCGCGACGGACCGGACGUCCUCCACAGCGUCUCCUUCGUCGCGAAUCCCGGCCAACGAAUCGGCAUCGUCGGCCGCACUGGCAGCGGAAAAAGCACCCUCGGUCUCUCCCUCCUCCGCUUCGUCGAUCUCGCCAGCGGCCGAGUCACCAUCGACGGCGUCGACAUCAGCACCAUCCUCCUCAACCGCCUCCGCACCAGCGUCACCCUCAUCCCGCAAGAACCCGUCUUAUUCUCUGGCGACGUCCACUCCAACCUCGACCCCUUCGGCGAAUCCAGCGAAACCGAACUCCAGUCCGCCCUGGCCGCAUGCACCUCCUCCAUCCACAUUCCCGAGGGCCCAGCUCCCAGUUCCGAUGCCCACGCGGCCGCAAAACCCACCACCCGGCCACUAACGCUCGAUACGCCGGUGGCCGCGAACGGCGAAAACUUUAGCCAGGGCCAGCGCCAGGUUCUCAGCCUCGCGCGGGCCAUGUGUCGUCGGUCCAAGGUUGUUUUGCUCGACGAGGCCACUGCCUCCGUGGACCAUGAGACCGACAUGCAUAUGCAGCGGGUCCUGAGGGGGAUGUUUUCGGACUGCACGAUCAUCGCGAUUGCGCAUCGGUUGCGCACGAUUAUGGACUAUGAUCGUGUGCUUGUUAUGGCGGAUGGGGAGAUUGUUGAGAACGACUCGCCUGCCAACCUGGUCAAGAGACAAGGCGUGUUCUGGGAUAUGCUACGUAAUACCGGCGAAUAUGAAGAGUUGAUUCAGAUGAUUGAGGGAGGCGAGGGUUCGUCCUCGGGAUGAGAAUAGACAUGAACAUCGUGAAAAUAUUUC